AUGGUGGAAGUUACAAGGGAGUUCGAGCACUACAUGACUGAAAUCACAGGGAACUCCAUCAGACUGUCGCCUAUCCCUAAGAAGGUUGAUGCUAGGGAUGCUAUAGAAGAGCAGAUAAGUCAAGCUGCAGAAUUGAUAACAGCAGUGUCGGCUAAUCUGGCUGCGGAUCGGUCAACUUGGCGUGCUGGAAAAACGACAAGUGUGGGAUUCGAACGUAUGGCUGCGGAUACUCGAGAAAAGGCUGGUGCUGCUAUGGAUAGGCUUGGUACUCUACUGAGGGAGCGGGAACGAUCUAUGAUAGGGUCCGCACCGGCCUUCUAUCGAUCUGUUAGAGAGAUAUUGACUAGCCGCCUUAAGGAACUAGAUGAUGAAGUGCGACAAUGGCAGAUGUAUAAGCAUAAAGUGUCUAGUGAAAGGGAACAAAGGUAUGAAGCUGAUCCAUUCGCUUUAGAGAAGGAGACAGCCCGAGUGGAGGCGUUAAGGAAGCUCAAGGCAGAACAAGAGGGACAAGUGAAGCAUGUUGAUACUCUACCAACGAUGACCAGUUCUGAGGGGUACUCUCCGUUGGCGAGAGAGAGUCGAGAAGAUACUGGUCUUGAGAUGGAGAGUCAGAUGCUGUUGGCUACUUAUACGAACGAACUGGAUCAUGCAAGAACAACCCAGCAGAAGGUUGAGGAGUUGAGUCACGUUGUGGGAGUGAUGGGCACGAAGGUGAACGAACAGAUGGAACAAAUUGGCGGGAUUCACUCAAUCGCUCAAGAUUCGACGGCAUACGUCUCAGCAGCGGGAGACCAGUUGAUGAAGGCGAGAGCACAUCAGUCGUACGCCUGUUAUAUUGUUACUUGGUUCGUUGGCUCAGCUUUGUCGUUGAUCUUACUAGAUUGGCUUGUGUAA